AUGGGCGACGCCAAAAGCGCCGCUGGCGAACGACGACCGCCGUGGCCGAAGAAGGCUUUUGCCCUCGGACUCGUAAUCGGUUUCCUGAUCGCGGGAGGGAUAGCUGUGGCGGUGCUUGCGCUCAACGAUCGGCGAGCCGAGGCGGCGAUAUCUGCAGGUCCGCCCUCGUUUCCGCCGAUGUCUCCGCCGCCGUCUCCGCCGAAGUCACCUCCACUACCUCCAACAUCUCCACCGCCGUUGCUCUCCAACCCGGCUGAGAUGUUCGUGAACGCCACGGCGGCAGUCACCAACGUCUCUGGCAUGUCCGACCUAGCGUCCGACAUGAUCGUGUUGGACGUCGACCUCGAAUUCACAUCGACCUCGAUGCUGGAGGAGAAGGUAACCGCACUGCGUGCUGAUCUUUGGUACACUCCCAACAUCGUAUCCCGGAGCACGGCCGACUUGGAGGCGUCCGAACACAUCGGCUGGUGCAGCGUGGUUGAUCUUUGGGUGCGACGCGGCGUUGUCGCCGCCAAGGCGCAGAUCAUGCUACAAAAUAGCGAGGCUGGGGGGCACGCACUCGGCCGGUGGCUGUCUCAGAGGGAGCUAGCCGUCGUCGCAACCGGGCUGGGCCUGAUCACGCUUGAGACUAGUCGCGUCAAGAUCUUGUCGAGCGGGCUGGUCUCGGGCGAGACGAUAGCAACCGGCUACGAGACGGUCGAGGUCACCAACACAAGCGUCCCCUUUGUCAACACGAGCGCGAAAUGCCCAACUGGGGGCGCGUGCAGCCGUGGAUUCAUCGUCUCCGGCGCCAACCCGUUUGGGCGCGAGUGGGCAGUCAAGGAGAUUGCGCUCGACGCCUACUUCGAUUGGACAUUCGCGUACAACACCUCGGUGAUUUCGUCCUCGACUUUGUCGCCGCUGCGCGUCUCAUUCGCAGACGUCAAAUGCGAUAGGACUGACACGUACGCACGGAUGGUAGCGGCAGGCACAACUACGAUCCCGCAGGGCGAGGGAACCGACUUCAGCGUCUUCCUCACGGCGACGCCCCUGCCUGGCCGGGCCGCCGCGGUCAACCGGGACUUGAGCCCAGGAGGAGACUGCACUUGGAUCUACCCCUACGACUGCUGCCUGAUGACGGCGCUGACCGCGGCUGCGUGCAAGGUGGAGGGAGGAGGGGGGGAUGAGGCGAAGAUUGGCAUCGUGCUCAAGGGCGAGGCGACGAUGCUUGUGGAUGGCGUAGAGAUGACAGUCUUCCCGGAAGUCGGAUUGGAGCUAUCAUACACGGACGACGUGCUUCAGUUUGACCUCCUUGGGGGCACUGUCUUCGCUCUAGGGGCUCUAGGCUUCGCUUGCGAAGACGUCACGUUCGCCGGGCCUUGA